GGGGAAAGCUGUGUGAACUGGCUAGUGAUAGUCAUAUGAAGUUUGGGUCGGAGUUCAGACAAGGAGGACACAGAGAGAGAGGGAGAGAGACAGGGAUCUGCAGUUAGUGUUAAACUGCCCAGACAUCAGAGAGAGGACACAGACACGGACAGACACAGAGGGAGAGCUGUUCCCACACACUGCUGCUGGAGCAGGGGGGGGGGGGCAAUCCUUCAGCAAAGCCCGGAGCACGGUGCAAGGAGCCCGGGCUCCCCUGGGGGGGUCACUGCCCUCAGACCCAGCAUCUCGCACAAGGAGCCCCGCGGAGCUCCCCCCUCCCCUCCCCUCCCCUCCCUCCCUCCCGCAGACCCACUAUGGAUAUCCUGGAUAACUUCGGCGUGGAGAAGCUCUUCACCGCCUCCAGCCUGGUGGACCUGGAGGAUCUGAACGAAGCCGAUUUCCUCACCAAUGUGCACUUCUCAGAGAACCUGGACGAUUUCUCCAACGAGCUGUUCAGCUUCUUCGAGGACCCCGUGCUGACUGAGAAGAGCCCCCUGCUGGACAUGGAUCUUGACCCAGGCACCCCGGACAUCCAGGCCGAGCACAGCUACUCCCUGAGCGGAGACUCUGCCCCGCAAAGCCCAGUCAUGCCCAUCAAGAUGGACGAGUUCAGCAAAGAGGCCAACUGUGGGAUUUGGUCCCUCGGACCUGACCUGACACACAUCAUGAUCAAACAGGAGCCGAACCCAUUGCCAGAGCCCUGCCAUGUCUCACCAAUGACACAGAUAUCAGCUCUCUCUGGACAACACAUGACCUCUGCUCCACCAUCAAACACCACAGACGAUCUGGCCCAGCCUGAACCAAGCACAGUGCCUCACAUCAAAGUCGAACCCAAAGAUCUCAAUCAGUUCCUCAGCGUACACACAGAUAUGGAGCUGCCACCGACACCCCCCAGCAGCCACAGCAGUGACAGUGAUGGCUCCCAGAGUCCCCGGUCUCUCCCCCCGUCCAGCCCAGCACGACCACAGGCUCGGACAUCCAGUGCGAUCUCAUCGUCACCCCUGCUCACCGCACCUCAUAAGCUCCAAGGGACUUCGGGCCCGCUGCUGCUAACCGAGGAGGAGAAGCGCACUCUGAUCGCCGAGGGAUACCCAAUCCCCACCAAGCUGCCCCUCACAAAAGCCGAGGAGAAGGCCCUCAAACGGGUCCGGAGAAAAAUCAAGAACAAGAUCUCUGCACAGGAGAGCCGCAGGAAGAAGAAGGAAUACGUGGACAGUCUCGAGAAGAAAGUGGAGACUUACACUUCGGAGAAUAAUGAGCUCUGGAAGAAGGUGGAGACUCUGGAGAAUGUCAAUCGGACCCUGUUGCAGCAGCUGCAGAAACUGCAGGCGUUGGUGGCUGGCAAGGUGCCACGUCCCUGCCGGGUAGCAUCAACACAGACAGGAACCUGCCUGAUGGUUGUGGUGGUCUGCUUUGUUCUAGUCCUGGGCUCCUUCAUGCCCUGUCUCCCAGAAUUCUCCACUGACUCCCAGACAGUCAAAACAGCUCCCCUGUCUGUGUCCGAUGUGUACACCACCAGUCAGAUUCGGUCCAGGAGCCUGCUGUUUUACGAUGAGGGCCCCCCCCUGGAGGAGCACUAUUCCUCCUUCUUCCCGGUGGAGAGCUCAGAGGAGUGGGAGCUGUCAUCCAGAGGUGCAAGAGACCAGAAGGGGUCACAUGACACAUCAAGUGACUACACAAGCUGGUCGCAGGAGGCGUCCAAAUAUCUGAGCAACGCCCACGUGGGGGUGAUCGGCUCCAAUAAGACUGACCACAGGAAAUUAGUUCAGGAGAAAGCACAUGAGAGAUGGGCAUCGACAGCUGUGAUCACAGCGAAAUCUUUGUAACUGGACUGGCCUUUAAUUCACCCUUCGGUAGAGAUCCUUUUAUUUUGCAAGCCUAAAAUGUUCGAUGUUUUGUUCUUGCGAGUGCCUGGGGAUCUGUGUCCGAAUGUCUGUGUAUGGGUGUGCGUGUGUAUGUCUGUGUGUCAGCGCGUGAAUGUGUGCAUUAGAUUCUCUCUGUGUUGCUGUUCCUACCACAGUCUGCACUGAUCUGCCCCAUGCUCUUCACCAUUUUCAUUACCCUCUUCCCCCCCUCCCCCAGCACGUCACUUGCUCCUUCCCCAUUACAUUCUUCAUGGUGUCUUUUCCUGUUCUCUCUCGGUGGAUUCUGCAGUCAGCACUGCUGUCCUCACGGACCUCCCUCCCUUUACUUGGUUACAAAUAACACACAGCACCAGGUUCUAGUCCAACAGGGUUUAAUUAGAAGCACUAGCUUUCGGAGCGCUGCUCCUUCAUCAGGUGGUUGUCAUCAGAAGGAGCGUCACUCCGAAAGCUAGUGCUUCCAGUUAAACCUGUCGGACUGGAACCUGGUGCUGUGUGCGAUCUUUAACUUUGUACACCCCAGUCCAACACCGGCAUCCUCAAUUUGCCCCUCUCCAUUCUCACUCUCUGCAGCCUUCGCUUUGUUUCCCACCAUUAGGGAUGAGUUCCUUGCUACAGCUCCUCCCUCCUCCUCAUUGCUAACUCUCAAGCCCUUCACUAUGUGUUCCUCACCUUUCCCACUGUUGGUGGUUGGCUUUUUGGGAUAUGUACAGGAUGGUUCGCAUGAUGUGGUGUAGAUUGGCACGAACAAAGGGAGCCCAAAACUCAAGAAUGGAACGCCAAUGAAUAACAGUGAACCACCUGAAUUGAAGUUUAAGGUGCGAAUCCUCCGGGAGCAUCCUGGUUAAACAUGCUGUGGUUCAUAUCACCAAAUAAAAAUAAUCUUGAGGCUGAAUGGGGAUAAGCUAGGUGUGUGUACACGGUUGUUCACUGUUUUCUACAGCGUGUAGAAACACCUGUUAAUGCAUCUGCCACAAUCCGACUGUCAUCAUGGAGGGGUGUGGGAACAAUAUCCAGCUACCAUGUUAUAGCAGCUAUUUAGAAAUAAAAUGCUUCCUGUUGCAUUCAAA